AGAGGGGGGAUGUUUUUCGGUUACACCAGUCGGUAUAGUCGGUUCAAAUUGUGACAAAACUUUGGCUCCUUGCAUAGAUUAUACAGCACACUGAUAACAUGAGCUGUCCGGAGAAAAGCAGCACACAGCCUCAUGUAGUGAAAGAAGAGGUGACAGCGAGUGGAAAGUGGGUGAGGCUUGAGAAGACCACAUAUGUGGAUCCAUCUGGAAAGACCAGAAUAUGGGAGACGGUGAAGAGAACAACGAGACCAAAGAACACUGCUGCAGAUGGUGUGGGGAUCAUCGCUAUCCUGAAGAGAACUCUGCAUAAGGACUGUGUGGUGUUAGUGAAACAGUUCAGGCCACCGAUGGGAUGCUACACUCUGGAGUUCCCUGCAGGUCUGAUUGAUGAUAAUGAGGACGCUGAGACAGCUGCACUGAGAGAGCUGAAGGAGGAGACGGGCUACAAGGGAGAGGUGGUGGGAGUCACGCCAGUCACAUGUAUUGAUCCUGGCCUGUCUAACUGCAGCACGCAGAUCGUGAUGGUCAACAUUAAUGGUGACGAUAGUGAAAAUAUAAACCCCGCCCAGCAGCUUGGUGAUGGAGAAUUUGUUGACGUGAUUCUUCUACCUUUAGAUGAAUUUCAGAACAAAAUAGAUGUGUUACUGAAGAAGGAGAAGCUUGUGGUGGAUUCUAAAGUGUACAUUUACGCCAUGGGAAUGUCCCAAGCCUUCUUUAAACCCAACGAGCUCCCGGUGCUCAAACAGUGAGGCAUGAAAUGCACAAAUCCUCCUCCACAGUUAUAAACAGUCCAGCAUGAAUAAUACACGUCUGAGUGCUGUUCCUGUUCAUCAGCUGGUGAGAGUGUUUUCGUAGACUUGUAUAGUUUAACACAUGAUGUGAACAUUUCUAACACUAACAGCACUGACUGAACUGUAUACACCAUAAUCAAGUCUGUUAGCAAUGAUAAAAAAAAAAUGCCUUUAGGACCAACCUUUAACUAAUUUGAGAGCAAAUAUAUGCUGCAAGCUCUUAUUUUCCCCUGAGAUUUAACAAGAAGAUGCACUUAGAUGUGAAAACGUUGAACUACAGCAGUGCCGUGAUCAAAGACCAAAAGGCUGACUUGUCCGCUGUUUCAGAGCCUGGAAUGAACCAAUCUCUGUCGAGUUCACUGUGCUGUCGAGGUGAUGUUGCACUGAAAUGCAAGCAAAAGCAGCUGUGUGAGAGUUGUAUUAACUUUUAUCUAAUAAACUGCCUGUUAACA